AUGCCAGUGGUCGAUGAAGAUCUUAUGAUCAAAGCUUUAAAUGCAACUACACCAGCCGAAAUCAUCCAUUCAGAGGUAGUCUUCUAUAUGCCACUAAUGGCCUAUUCCGAGGUAGAAAAGACAAUCCAGCCAACAACUGCCUAUCGUGAACCUGGUAAUGCACAAAAUUCUCCGAAGCACUCCCAAGCGUCGUUUAACUCGCAGAUUUCACGCGCUGAGAGGCCAGUUAUUUCCUCGGCCUCUGCUUCCAAACGACUGUUUAGUGCCACGGGGUCGAGUCGUAAUCAUGACGAUUGUGAAGCAAGUGAAAUGUGGGAAUUCUUUGCCGCAAGAGUUAAGCCACGUCCCCGCAUUCAAACCCUCAUCCGAGUCGUUUCUGGAUCGGUAAAGGCUGUGCAGCACGAGCCGAUCUUUUACGAAAAGCUAUGGUCUACAAACAAGGACAACAUCUUUAGUGCCGAGACAUCUGCAGAGUCCAGACUUUCUCGUCUUUUCCGUGGCCGCAGGAAAAUUAAUCGACAUCAGCGAAGAUUCGAAUGUGCCAGCCGGCUAUCUUUAUUAUUUUUGGCGCAUGAUGUUGCAGCGAUGAAGUCAUGGAACUGGGAACUUGGCCCGGGGCAGAGUCGACAGCAUGUUGCCGUGUUGGCUAUUGCUCAUCACCUUGGUGUCUCUACGGAAGAGAUUAAAAAAGAAUGGAGACGGAGUCGAAAUUAUGUGAAGUUGCUCGAGGUCUGUGGACCUGGAUCUUUGCUCGAACUCGGGUCUGGGGUAAAUUGGCACUGGGAGAAAGCCAUGGCGAAGGAUGAUGUUACCCAUUUCAUCAACUUUCGAAGGGAGAAGAUGACGCAUCUUGACAAGCGAUCGCGCGAGCUCAACCUUGUUGCAGGAAGAAUGAUCCUAGAUGGGAUGCUUGCCUACGGAUGGACCAUCGAUGCCAUAUCAAGGACGUGUACUCCCGUCCGCAAUGCUCUUAUUGUCCACUGCCCGACAUUGUUUAGUUCUCCAAGUGAAUAUACACCAAUGAAUGAUAUCAAUAUAGCCACGGCUAUCUACCAAGACUUCGAUUUUUCAACUUCGGCUUCCAUAAGUCAUUCGGCAUCUGGCGAUGCACCUGAUACCUCCGCUUCCAUUAAUGGAUUGCUCGCAGCCACAACCCCUUCUCUGGAGCCUCGGAGCACCGAGCAUAUAUGCACUGAUAGCCUAGACAAAGAUUCCCUAUUUGGUGGAAACGAUGCAGAUUUCAUGUCCAAUAACUACAUACUUUCAAGCGAAGCAUAUUUGUGA